AUGAUGUCUUACCUCAAACAGACCCCCUACGCCAUGAACGGCCUGGGGCUGAGUGGAACUGCCAUGGACCUGCUGCACCCCUCCGUCGGCUAUCCAGGUAAAAAACCUUACACUUUUACCCCGGCAGCAACUCCACGGAAGCAGCGGAGAGAGAGAACCACUUUCACCCGCUCUCAGCUCGAUAUUCUGGAAGCUCUGUUCGCCAAAACGCGCUACCCGGACAUUUUUAUGCGUGAAGAAGUGGCGCUGAAAAUCAAUUUACCCGAAUCCAGAGUUCAGGUUUGGUUUAAGAACCGUCGGGCAAAAUGUCGUCAACAGCAGCAGAGUGGCAGCAGCAACCCAAAAGCUCGUCCAGUGAAGAAAAAAUCCUCUCCAACCAGAGAAAGCACAGGCUCAGAGAGCAGUGGUCAGUUCACUCCACCGGCAGUCUCCAGCGCUGGCUCUUCCUCCUCGUCCUCUUCCUCAUCCUCCUCAGCUACUAACAACAGCAUGUCUACCUCAAUUGGCACAGUCUCAUCCAUUUGGAGCCCAGCUAUGUCUCCAGGUUCGGCGCCUCCAUCCUCGUCGCUCUCGGACCCUGUACCGCCCCCCACCGCGUCCUGCAUGCAGCGCUCGAUCUCUGCUUCAGCCUCUUCCUCAACCUCCUCCUCCUACCCCAUGUCCUACAAUCAAACUGCCGCUUACGGCCAAAGCUACCCAACACCCUCCGGGUCCUACUUCGGUGGAGUGGACUGCAGCUCCUAUUUGACGCCCAUGCACUCUCACCACCCUCACCAGCUGAGCCCAAUGACCGCGUCGUCCAUGCCUGCGCACCCUCACCAUCACAUCAGCCAGUCUUCAGGUCAUCACCACCACCAUCACCACCAGGCCUACAGCAGCACAGGUUUGACCUUCAACUCCUCUGACUGCCUAGAUUACAAGGAGCAGGCGGCAUCCUCCUGGAAGCUCAACUUCAACACAGCAGACUGUUUGGACUACAAAGACCAGGCAUCCUGGAGAUUCCAAGUCUUGUGA